AUGGACACUAAACAACUAAAGAAGCCGGCGAUUGACCAGCCGCGGUUCAAUCGGUUUAGCUUCUUUUCGUCCAAAACACGACAGGCAAUCGGCUCAUCUACCUGGGAUGGUCUUUUCCCAAGCGGAAAUUUGGACCAGAUCUUCCAGGCGAAGCACAAAGGUCGCCCAGAUCCAAACGAGCCAAUCUGGUGGAUUGACAUAUGUGACGCCACUGAAGAUGAUGUCGACACCGUCUCGGAAGCCUUGUCCAUCCAUCCUCUGACGGCAGAGGAUAUUGCUAUUCGAGAGCCCCGAGAGAAAGUUGACGUCUACAAGAACUACUACCUGAUCUCAUUCCAGACACUUGUGGAAAACAAGACCAAAGAGGAACGGCCCGGGAUUCCCACCUCGGCUGCAUUAUACAUUCUUGUCUUUCAAUAUGGCGUGGUCACAUUCUCACCUAGUGGUUGUGGACAUGUGGCUCGGGCGCGAGAGCGUAUUUGCAAAAUGCAUGAUCCCACCGUAUUGACUAGUGACUGGGUCUGCUAUGCAAUGAUAGACGACAUCAUCGAUAGUUUCGAGCCAUUUGUCCGGGAAGCGGAACGUGAGUCCGAGGCAAUUGAGGAUCAAGUGUUCAUCAGUCGCAUCGACGACGCUCAAGCUCUCAUUCCGCAGGUCGAUGUUCUCCGCAAGAAGAUCACUCACAUAAUUCGAUGCCUCAACGGCAAGGUCGACGUGUUGAAUGGAUUCGUGAAGCGCUGCCAAUCCCCCGAUAAGCACCCUGUUUUCCCUGAUGGUGACCUGCUUCUAUAUCUCGGCGACGUCCAGGACCAUCUGGUCACAACGUUGUCGACACUGGGGCACAUCGACGAGAUUAUUGGUCGGUCCCAGGCGAAUUAUCUAGCACAGAUGAGCGCUACAAAUCUCCGACUGAGUUUGACUAUUAACUCUGGUUUGAGUAAGGUUACUCUCCUCGCUACCAUAUUCGUGCCGUGUCACCUUGUUACGGGGUUGUGGGGAAUGAACGUCCCUGUCCCAGGCGGGGAUUCUGAGGGGCUCUUGUAG